UAAGACAGAACUGGUUGAGGUAACUAAGCAGCCAUGUUUUGAGUGUCCCUCAAAAAAUUUAAUAUUUUUCUCUUCAUCUUUAAUUAGUUUGCUUUAUUUAUUAAUACAUUUUAUUCUAGUUGUAUUUAAAUAUGGCUAAAAGGAAGAAGUCAUCUUCAGAUGUUUCAUCUAGUUCCAAUGAGGACGAAGAUUGGCAAGAAAGUGGAAAAAGUCAUGCUAAAAGUAAAGCCAAACAAAGGAUUAAAAAAAUCCCUCAAGAAGAAGAAGAAAAGGAGGAAGGUGAAGUUGAAGAUGAAGACGAGGACGAAGAUUCAGAAGGUUUCAAUGAUGGUUAUGAUGAAAACCUUAUCGGUGAUGAAGAAGAUCAGAUCAGACUUGCCAAUAUGAAUGAGAAAGAGAGAGAAAUGGAACUAUUUGCUCGAUCUGAGAAAAGAGAAGUAUUAAAGACCAGAUAUGAAAUUGAACGGAAAUUGCGUAUGGCCAAGAAAAAAGAAAUGAUGCAAAGUCAAACUAAGAUGAGAAGCAAUGAGCGACGCAGAAACAUGGAGGAAAAGAGGAAAGUCAAAAAUGCUAUUAAAGGAUUGAAAGAACAACGAGAGAAACGAAAACAGAAGCAACGUUUACGUGCUAUAGAUAUUUAUUCAUCAUCAUCGUCAUCAGAAAACGAAGAUGAUGACGAAAAAGCAGUUAAGAAGAAAUCAUCUUCAUCUUCAUCCAGUUCUUCCUCAAGCGAUGAAAGUGAUGACGACAAAGGCAGGCGAAGAAGCGAUAAAGAUGAUGAAGAUGGCGAUGCCGACGCUGGUAGUGAAGAGGAAGUUAAAGAAAAAGAAGAAGACUUCGUUUUAACUCUAGAAGAAUUGUCUAAAAUUAAAAUUAGUCGAUUUCGUGUGGAACAAUGGUGUCAUUCGCCAUUCUUCAAAGACACUGUCGUUGGAUGUUUCGUCAAAGUUUUCAUUGGUCUUAGAGAAAGAAGUUCAUCAGUCGAAAAAGUUCCAGUCUAUAAAUUAUGCCAGAUUUCCAAUAUUUCUGAAGGUCAAAGGACUUACCAACUAGAAGGCACAAGAACUAAUAAAGUGGUCACUGUGAAGCAUGCUAAUGACGUCAAAAAUUUUAAACUAGAUAUUAUAUCCAAUACUCCAUUUACCCAAAAUGAAUUCGAUGAAUGGAAAUAUCGCAUGGAACGUGAUAGACUCGAACUACCCACCAAGGAUUUUAUUGCAAAAAAGAGAAAUGAUAUUCAAAAUGCAAUAAAUUACAGUUACAAAGAUAGUGAUAUAGAAGCUAUUGUUAAGGAGAAAGAAAAAUUCAAAUCAAAUCCUGUAAAUUUCGCUGUUAAGAAGACGGAACUGCUCAAACAAAAAGAAAUGGCUGAACAACUUGGUAAUUUAGAUGAUGUUGAAAAGAUAGCUCAAGAAAUUGAAGAGUUAGAAACAAAAGCAAAAGAGUUGGAUCUAAAGAGGACACAAAAUAUAUCUGCUAUUAGUUACAUUAAUGAAAGAAAUAGGAUGCGUAAUAUAAUUGAAUCUGAAAAGGCCAUUAUGGAAGCUCGAGAAAAGGAAAAGGAACAAGGCGAUGAUCCAUUUAGACGGAGGAAAUGUGCUCCAAUGUUAGUUCACAAAUUCAAACCCAAUACACCAACCAGUUCAACUCCAGGACCUCACGAUUCGUCUUCCGCUCUUGACUCACUUAUACCUAAACCUGGGAUUUCUCCUAUGAAAGGCAUCAAAACGGAAAAAGAUAGUUCAUUUCAAAGUUGCUCUCCCAAGCAAAAUGAACUUCCAAGUAACGAUCUAUUUUCUGCCCAUAAUUUCGACAUACAAAUUGAUUUUGACAUUGGUGGAACCAUAAACAUGUCGUCAACUUCAAAUCCAUCCUCUAGUUCCAAUUACUCUUCUCUUCACCCAUCUCAUUCCUUGACUUCUGCAUCAUCAAAACCAUCAACACCAAAUCGUCGCUCCUUGAAUUUAGAAGAAUAUAAAAAGAAGAAGGGUCUUAUUUAAAUGUUUACUUAACAAAUUAUUCUCUUCUUUUUCUAUCUCAUUAACUCAAAAAAAUCUAAUAGUGAAAAUUAACAAAAAAAACAACUGAGUGAUUCAAUUUCUUAAAGAUCUACAAACAAAAGAAUAUCAAUUAGAACAAAAUUGCAUUAUCCAUGUUCACAUCAUAAGAGGUAAAUGCAAUACCACAAACUAAAUGAAGUUAUUAAAGCCAAUUGUUCACUCAAUCAUAGACCAUUCAAUUUCCAUUGAUUCACUAAAAGACUCACAUCAACUUAGGAUCAUCUUAAUUUUACGGAGAACAUAGACUCCGAGCGGAAAAAGGUUGAAUCGACUAAUCGUGAAACGUGAUUUUACUUGAUUGUGUUUAGAAGAAACGAUUUUCGUGUUUGUAAAUAUUUUUUGAUUGUGAUUGCCUCAUGAAACAUUCAAACCAUUAAAAAUUUCUAAAACCAUCAAA